AUGGUGUUGGUUGGUCUAGCAUGCGUUUUGGCUCUUGCAUCUUUUGCUCUACGGGCUCUUUUCCUCAAAGAGACGCCCAUUAGACCCUACGUAAAAUGGGCCUCUCGACUUUUCAGCACAAAUUAUCCGCGGUUUCCCAAGCAAGAUGUCCAAGUGAAGAUAUUCAAGAGACAAGAAGUUGAGGCUUUCGAUCGAACGACAUGGCAAUAUAAAAGCUACGAUGCCUUCAAAGGAGCCAUUCUCUCAGAAGACCCUGUUGCCUUCCCCUGUAUAUAUGCCACCAAAGGCUUCAAAGCCCGGGAUCACCGAUAUAUAUUUGUCGAGUCUGAGGAUAUGAGCCACGACGAGGAAAUGACUGCCAUGGCUACGGCUUUGCAGCAAUACCUUGGAACACCUCCCUCGGAGCUAGGACCAAACACUAGCUUGGUAGUUCUGUUUCCCAUCCCUAGCUCGCCAUUGAGCGUGGAGGAAUACUACCAGAAAUAUUGGGAUUGUCUGCAUGGCCUACGGGCACGGGAUCCCAAAUCUUGGCCAGGCCACAUCCCUACAGACACCGAUACACCCAUGUGGCGAUUCUGUUUUGACGGACAGCCUAUAUUUAGUGCUUCUCUGACGCCUGCCCAUACAAAGAGACGCUCUAGAUAUGCACCUUGCUUCUGCAUUGUCUUCCAGCCCAACUUCGUGUUUGAUAUUCUGUUUUCUACCCCGCUGAAGAAAAAAUCGGCUAUCUCGAAAGUGAGAACUUUGUUGGGUGAGUAUGACGAUGUAUCGAUCAGCCCGGAGUUGAAGAAUUAUGGAGAUGAGACGGGCCGAGAAUGCAAACAGUAUUUCAUCAUGAAUGAAAAUUAUGCCCCGUCGUGCCCUUAUUCGACGCUUGGAUGA